GGCUUGCCAUCCAGCGCCGCCUGCGCUCCGGAGUGCUGGCUCCUUCGGCGCCGAGAAAUGGACCGAUUUUGACAAGAUGUAGUGCUGCAGCGUGCCUGAUGGGAUAUGUUCAGUCAUGGCAUCUGAACUUUGUAAGACGAUCUCUGUGGCAAGGCUGGAAAAGCACAAGAAUUUGUUCUUAAAUUACAGGAAUCUACACCAUUUCCCACUGGAGUUACUGAAAGAUGAGGGACUGCAGUACUUGGAGAGACUCUAUAUGAAAAGGAACUCCCUUACAACCUUGCCAGAAAAUCUUGCUCAGAAGCUUCCAAACCUUGUGGAACUGUAUCUUCAUUCAAAUAACAUAGUUGUGGUUCCAGAAGCCAUUGGGUCCCUUGUAAAACUCCAGUGUCUGGAUCUUAGUGACAAUGCCUUAGAAAUUGUUUGCCCAGAAAUUGGUCGUCUGAGAGCUUUACGUCAUCUUCGAUUAGCUAAUAACCAACUACAAUUCCUACCUCCAGUUUUUAACUUGAGCCUACACUUUGAACUCUUUUUAUUCCUGCCUAAUGUCUUGCUAAGGAGCCCUGAUGGCACAGUGGUUAAGCACUCAGCUGCUAACCGAAAACUCAGCAGUUUGAACCCACCAGCUGCUCCACCGAAGAAAGAGGUUGGCGAUUUGAAGGAGCUGCAGACACUAGACAUUUCUACCAAUCGUUUGCUAACUUUACCCGAGAGGCUUCACCUGUGCCUUUCUCUGCAGUACCUGACUGUGGAUCGGAAUCGUCUAUGGUGUGUACCUCGUCAUCUCUGCCAGCUUCCCAGCCUCAACGAGCUCUCCAUGGCUGGAAACCGUCUUGCGUUUUUGCCACUUGAUUUAGGUCGAUCUCGAGAACUACAAUACGUGUAUGUGGAUAACAACGUUCACCUGAAAGGCUUGCCAUCCUAUCUGUACAAUAAAGUCAUCGGGUGCAGUGGCUGUGGUGCUCCCAUUCAGGUUUCAGAGGUGAAGCUGCUUUCCUUUUCAUCAGGGCAACUCACUGUUUUCCUCCCAGCGGAGGUGAAGUCCAUCGGGACGGAGAAGGAUCACGUGCUGCCUCUGCAAGAGUUAGCCAUGAGGAGUCUGUAUCGCUCCUACCACCAGUUUCUAAAAGAUUUGAACUUUCUGUCUCCAAUCUCGUUACCCCGGAGUUUUCUGGAGCUGCUGCACUGCCCCCUGGGGCACUGUCACCGGUGCAGUGAGCCCAUGUUUACCAUCGUCUACCCCAAGCUCUUUCCCUUGAGAGAGACGCCGAUGGCAGGGCUGCACCAGGGGAGGACAACUGUGAGUUUUGUGGCUUACUGCUGCUCCACCCGGUGUCUGCAGACUUUUGACCUACUGAGUUGAUAAACACUCAAGAACCCUCGGGAGCAUCGCCAGCUUGACACUGCAGUCACCUGCUACCGCACACUGUUUGUGGGCUAGGAGGGGAGGGGAGGCCAGCCGGGUAAACAGGCUGUUCCAUCCUGCCCUGUCAAAUGCAGGAGACUGCAGAACUCUCUGGAAUGUCCUGAUUGAGCUUUGCAGCUAAAAAGCCUUCAUCCUCCCCCCUACCCAAGUUGGAAUAUAUUUCCCCCAAAAUUAA